AUGAAACCCUCUUUCCUGUUUCUUCAAGUGAUCUCUCACCCAGCCUGGCCGACCAAGUUGUCUAUUAGUACCCAGAUUGGAACCAUCUACACGCUCUACGCUGGUACCAAUGAAGAUCAAAGCAUUGGUUUGCUGAGCUUCUUGUGCGAGCAAGCUCUGGAGAGCACUGAACUCAUUGCCGACAUUCUUGAGUCAAAACUUCCAGUUUCUGCUAAGGAGUUUUUCGAUCUAGUUGAGUCUUCCGAUAAGCGACGAGGCAAGCAGCCUAUUGCCUCGACGUUUCCCAAGAACAUUGAGUAUCCCGGAGGUCGACAUGACAACGACUUUGCUGAUAUCACCAAGAUUGCCAUUCUUCCGACAUAUGGAGAAGUCGUCAGUGAGAAUUACGAGUAUCUACCAUCUAUCAACUUCACGGAUCCCCAUGUUCUUGAUGAUCCUUUGCAGUGA